AGCCUGGCAGUGUGCCGGGACAGCCCGUACGCCUUCCUGAAAUGUUCCCAGGGCAGCAAUCGAUGGAGAGCCAGGCAGCAGUUGGAAGUGGAGAGUACAAAAGGUUUGAUGUUGCCAAGGGGUAACAAAUUAGUAACACUGGAAUGAGAAGGCAUCGAUAAGUGUAAGGGAAAGAGGGAGUUAAGCUUUAGGCAAAAGCAUAAAUUUGAACAGGAAUCUGGUUAAGCAUUAGUAAUAAAAGACUGAAAUUAAGAGGUGGUGAAAAAGAGAAACCAACAGCAUUUCAUAGCUUGCUAAAGACAAUACCAAAAUUCCUUUUAAUGCAGUAACUUUUUGUUUUUUAUCCCAGAAGUACUUAGAUUAAAAAUUACACAUUUUUUCUCAAUAGGAUUUUCUGUUUUUCAGUUUUGUUUUUUUUUUUUUUCUGAAAGCUGUCAUUGAAUUUGCAUGGAUUUGAAAGUCAAAGGAGUUUCUGCAUCCCCUCCAAGGAAGACCGAGUUGUCGUUGAGGGGGAAGAAAUGUCAGGGCUGGAGACUGAAUAUACAGGCUACACACAGUCCUCGCCCACCAGAGAUGCCAUGCCUUUAUCUAGGGAGACUGGGAGAUUCUGAUGAAGAGGAUGGGGACUCCUACAUACUGUACACUGGAAAUUCUUCUCACAAGUGCCAGCUAGAUUAAUCUUCAGAGUGGAGAACAUCAUUACAAACUCCAUAUGCACAGCAUCAACAUACCAGCCAGAGGCUUUAUAUCGAUUACUCAUUGGUUUAACAUUCUUUUUUGGAGCAGAAGACAAGACCAGAAAAUCUGCCAUCCCCCACAGACAGAUUGAAACUGAAGCAUGGUCAGUAUGAAACAGGUACAAAGGAAAAAUAUAAGCAGCAUCCUCAGAGAGCUGCAGAGAAGAAAAAAGACCACCUCCAGUGUCAAGAUACUUCAAUAAAGGGUACACAGCUUGAAGAUGGACAUGAUGAUUUUGUAACUCUUGGUAAGAAAGCUCUCCUGCAACAAUGCUAUACAAAAAAGCCUUAUAAUAUGCAGCUCAACGUUAGGAAAUCAGAAGCUGAGGAUGUUGCUGCUGAGAGGAGAAAACAGGCUGUUGUAGAACAAGUUAUGAUGGAUCAAUUAUGUAGAGCUGUUAUAAGUGAUCCAGAGCAAUCCACAUGUUCUGAUGCUUGCAAGGAAGCUCAAGGACUUCUGGGAGCUGGGAUAGAACCAAUGCAUUUUAGGAAAAGGACACUCCACAAAACAAAAAUAAGGACCAAAUCAGGACUAACUGAGAACAUGCCCUCCAACAAGCUACGCUUUGAUAGUAGGAUUAUAUCGAGAAAUGGUCACGAUGCUUGCAGGGAGUUGAUUGGAUUUUCUUUUUUUGCAUAUGACAAAUCCCUUACUGUGUAUGAAUUUUGACAGUUUGGAAAAAACAGGACAAAUGCCUUGCCUUUCAUUCAGAAGGGAUUUUGUCAACAUCAACGUGGACAAAGAAAGGGAAAAGCUUAAGAUCUUAGUGACUUCUACAUUGGAGCCAAUCUGACUUUCCAAAGUGUUGAUCACAACCUUCUAGAAAGUGUUAAGCAGAACCCCAUCUUCACCCUUCGUGUGAUAAAUAUUGAUGAAGCAGCUAUGGAUUAUCAAAAAGCUUCUUCUGUGGAACUCAAGGACGAGUGUUCCAGGCAAGUGGUUGAUGACAGCAAAGUUUUCAAGAAGAUUCAAGGUAUGUUCAGAGAAACACUAAGUAAAAGAGGAGUUCGGGUUAUAACAGGCUUAGGAAAGUAUUUCCAACAAAUAGAUAAGAACAGAAAUGGUUUUCUCUCUCAGGCAGCCUUGAAAGAAGCUCUAAAAGUAUUCAAUUUGGAAAUGCCUGAAGGGGACUUUGAAUCCUUAUGGCUUAUUCUUGAUGGUAGCAAGGGUGAUAAGGUUGACUAUGGAGAAUUUACUCAUGCCGUAUUUGGAGAAAUGAAUGAAUAUAGGAAAGCAUUUGUAAGAAAAACUUAUAUGGAACUAGAUUUCAACAAAACUGGGGGUGUGCCUAUGGUAGAUGUCAGAAAAUGUUACUGUGCAAAGAAACAUCCUCUAGUAUUGUCAGGCAAAACUGCAGAAGAAGAAAUUAAGUUGUCAUUUCUAGAAGAAUUAGGAGAGUCCUGCAGCAACCCCAAUGAAGUGUCCUAUGCUGAGUUUGAAGAUUAUUGUGAAGGACUAAGUUUUGGAAUUGUGGGUGAUGAUGAUUUUGUUAAUAUCUUAAGGAAUUAAUGGGGAAUUUAG